AUGUCUGAAGAUACAAGCCGUGCCUCCAAGAGGAAAAGUCGUCUGCACCAACUCACAACACCUACCAAACGACGACGGCAUGCUGAAAGUGACGGCUCUAGCGAGGACAGUGUCGCGAAGAAUACGUCAGCACAGGGUAAAGACACAAACAUUGCCGCCCAAAAUCCUAAUGUCAACCGAACGCCAAGGUUGGUCAAGCUGCUUAUACCAAACAAGAUGCAGCACAGCUACAAGAGUUUAUCAUCCUCCAAGAACAGCCAACCAGUUCCUAUGGAAAACGCUCUGCUUCUGAUCCUCAGCACCACCAACGUCGACGCUCUUCAGCUUCUAUACCUCGCAAGAGGGGUCCCGCCAGAGAGACCUCUUAUUCCAGCCAUAAGGUUCAAGCUCGAUAUUCAGUCCGACGUCAACUGCAAGAGCGACUUUCGAUACAACACUCUGAUCUACUUCCAUAAGAGUUUGUGUCGUCGCAGUAUCGCUACCUAUGCUAGUGCUGUUGAGGCUCGCAGUGCGCCGAUGCCCAACUUUUUGGGUUUAUUGACGGAGCCAAAAUUGCGAUUUCACGUCCUUCAUCACGGCGUGGACACUGCGAGAACCUGCAAAAACAGAUGUACUCGGGCCACAAAAGGGUUCAUUGUCUUACUUACCAAAGUGUUGUCGUUCCCGAUGGCCUCGCUAUCCAUUUCUGGGGACCCAUAG